AUGAGGCUGUGGAAUAAUUUAUUUUGCAUUCCUCGAGAAGCUACAGUGAAAUAUCGACCAGUUAUUGGUUUAGAAAUACAUGCUCAGAUAAUGACCAGGACUAAAUUAUUCUCAGCGGCAACAUUUGAUGAUGAUGCUCAUGCGAAUUCAUCUGUUGCAUUGUUCGAUAUGGCAAUGCCUGGUACUCUUCCAGUCCUUAAUAAAACUGCCUUAAUGAAAGGUAUAACGGCGGGUUUGUUGUUAAAUUGUACGAUCCCAGAAAGAUGUCAGUUUGUACGCAAACAUUACUUCUAUGCAGAUAUGCCCGCUGGCUAUCAAAUCACUCAACAAAACCAUCCUAUUGCUCAUUCUGGUUUCUUUGAAUUCUACGUCCACUCUAGUAAUGAGUCAUUUGUGCCAUACAAAAAGCGUGUAGAUAUUAUAAGAAUCCAACUGGAACAUGACAGUGGCCGUUUAAUUCAUGAUCUCGAUAACGACCGCUCACUGAUCGAUCUUAACCGAGCCGGAGUUGGAUUACUAGAAAUAGUUACUUCGCCAAGUAUGAAUUCUGCGUUAGAAGCUUACUGCUUUACUGAACAGCUACGUUUGACUCUCAUGGAAAAUGGUUUGUGCGGAGGAGAAAUGCAAAAGGCUCAGUUUCGAGUGGAUGUCAAUGUUUCACUUAGCAAAGAUAGCACCGAUGAUAGAGGUAUUCGAACUGAAAUCAAAAAUUUAAAUAGUCUACGUAUGGUUCAUACAGCUAUCAACAAUGAGAUAGAUCGACAAUAUGAAAUCCUAAGAGCUGGAGGCAUAGUAUUGAAUGAAACGCGUACUGUUGAUCGUGAUGGCCAUACAGUAGCAAUGAGAGAAAAGGAAAUUGAAACAGAUUAUCGCUUUAUGCCCGAACCGAAUCUUCCACCUGUUCAUAUUAAACAAGAAUGGAUAGAGAAUUGCCGUUCAAUGCUUUCGAAACCAUGUUACUUGAAGAAUAUCGAGAAAUAUGGUCUGAAGCCGGAAGUCGCAUUGCAAAUUGCUAAUCAAAAAACCUUGGCGGCGUUUGUUGAAAUAAUUUUAAAUGCAUCUGAUGAUGCUACAAUUGCACCGGUAUUAGUCGAAUGGACCUACCUGUUGCAAAUAAUUUGUCGUAACUGCAACAAAAAAUUCCCUACAACGCGAACACUUUUCGUAAAUCAUUUUAUGGAAAUAGUACAUCUUUUUCACAUUAAACGAUUAACCAGGCUGACAACUUUUGAUCUAUUGCGAAGAUACAUAGAAGCAGAGUUAGACAAAUCGCCAACUGAGAUUAUCAAUGAGGAAAAUUUAUGGCGAAUACACGACAGAGAUGAAAUCUUGCAUAUAGUAGAGAAGAUUAUACGUGAAAAUGAUAAACUUGUCUUAAAAAUACAGAAAAAUGGAGCGAAAAGACACGUUACUAAAUUGCGUACAGCUGUACUUAAUGAAUGUAAUCGACGAAUUGAAGCUGAUGAAAUAAGUGAAAUAAUUAAACAAAAGCUUCUGCCAGGAAGCUAA